CUCCAUUUUCUCUCUGAACCGGAAAUUGAAAUCAAUUUUGCAGGUGUUCCAGCGGGACUCCGGUCGUUCAAGCCCACGAGCAGCGACGAGGUGAUUCCCUGGGACUUUCUCUCGAGGUCGGAGUACAGCUUAGCGGAUUCCAAUCCCAGGAGAAGGAUUCACAGCGGCAUAAGGGAGGGUCUGGAGGACAUCACCAGAGAAGUGAUGGCCUCCAUAAACGCCUGCUCACGACAGCGCGGCAGAGUCGUCGAGGAAAGGUCAGCCCUGUACGGAUACAGGAGAGUGGAUUCUUACGGCGCCGACACGAUACUGGAUCUUCUAUUGGUGUACCGGAAGUACAGAGGCAGAAAGGUUACGCUGCCCGUCAGGAGACACGUUUAUCUCCAUCAACACUUCACCGGACUGGAAAUACGGGAAACGGUGAACGGCGUGGAAAAGGAUGGGGCGCGAGGCGAUCAACGAAACGACAAGUCCUUGCAGAACAUAUUCAGCGGUGGUUUCCUGAACCUGAAUUUCAACUUCGAAGCGGAGGAUCCGGUCACGGACAAAACCAUCCACUUCGUCCUGCCUUUGGCGGGUAGGUACGAGGUUUUCCAACGGUUCCUGCAAAACUACGAAGAGGUCUGUUUAACGAACGGCGAGAAGACCAGGCUCCUAGUCGUUCUCUUCCAUCAUAAAACGGAGAGCUCUUACGACCAAACGAUAGAUCUGAUUCAGCAACUGAAGUACAAGCACCGCGGCGCGGGUAUCGAUAUUUUACCCAUCGCUGGGACGUUCUCCAGAGCCAGGGCCCUCGAUCUAGGUGUCUCGAAGCUGAACAACGACGAUUUGAUGUUCUUUGUCGACGUGGACAUCGCCUUCACGGAAUCCGCUCUCUACAGAAUACGAGCGAACACUUUGCUAGGUAGACAGAUUUAUUUCCCCGUGGUGUUCAGCCAGUACGAUCCACGAAUCGUUCACGAAGACUGGAGGAGACGCGACACUUUCCUCGUGGACGAGACUUCUGGUUAUUGGAGACAGUUCGGAUUCGGUAUCGUUUCCUUGUACAAACGUGAUUAUCGCACCGUGGGUGGUUUCGACCUGUCCAUUCGAGGAUGGGGGAAGGAGGACGUAGACUUCUUCGAGAAGGUGGUCAAGUCCAACGUGACGAUCUUCAGGGCGGCCGACAGGGAUCUGGUUCACGUUUACCACGAGGUGGAGUGCAGCAAGGACCUCUCCGACACCCAACUCGCCAUGUGCAUGGGGACCAAGGCUGACACUUACGCGGGAAUGGAGACCCUGGCAAGAAUUAUCUACGAGGAUCCAAAUAUCCUGCGAUUUGCCAAAGCCAGGAGAGCGAACUUGACGAAUGCAGCUGGUUGAGGGAUUGUUUUCGUUUGGCUCACGAUGAUUUCUUUUAAACGUGUGACUUCGUUCCAGUGACAACGUGUUGACUUGUUAGCGACGUGUCACUGGACCCUAGCUACGAGUAAAUGAGGAAUAAUAAAUGUUGAAUGGUGAAUAAACAUCAGUUAGGUGAAUAAACAUCAAUGGACAUUGGAAUAGUUGAUAUUUUUUAAAUUAUUUGAUAUGCAAGUGGGUACAUAAAGUCUGGACCGUCAGUAAAUAUUAGAAGUCUCAUAUCUGGUAUCAUAUUCUUAUUCUCUAUGUGUCCAGACUAUAGAAUCACCAUGUAUAUUUGAUACUAACCAAAAGCCACGUUUAGUAUCAACUAUAACUAAGAACAGUUUUAGAGAACUUUAGAAAAUUGUGUACGUCCCAUAAUUGUCACUUACAAUCCUAGUCAGUGAUCUUUUAUUUUUUAGAUUUUUUCUAUUAAUUAGCAAAAUAUGAAUUUAGUUGUAAUUGUAUAAAGGAGUAUGAAUUAAUGAAAGAGGUAUAAUGUUACCUCUUGUAGAUUUGUAAUAUUUCUGAUAUUUUGGAAUUGUAUUUUUCUAUAUAUAUUGGUUAUUUCUAAACGUUAUUUAAUAUGUCUUAAUUAGUCUUUAAGAGUAUUAAAUUUUACAUGAAAAUGUUCUUUUUAUCUUCUUUGUAAGAAAUUCUAUUUUUAUUUUAAAUUUGACCAAGUAAUACUCAAAAUGAUAUGUCAAAGAGUUUUGCAAGACAUUUUUUGAAGUUCUCUAAGGUAUCAAGUAAUUUUUAUUAAAAAAAAAAGCACGAUGAGAUGAAUUUAUCAUGAGAGAUAAACAAUUGACAAUUGAAAGUUGAGAAUUCAUUCAGAAAUUGUAAAUGAAAGAAAUGAAUUGAAAAGUGAAUAUUUAUUCGUGAACUGAGAAUUGAAAAAAUAAACUGUAAGCCGAGUAUUUAUUCACAGAGAAACAAAUCGUCUCGUAGCGGGUGCGAAAACUCAUUCGUCCGAAAAACACAGCUGCAAUCGACGUGUUAAGGUAGAAAGUGCGUCUCCAAGAACGUCUUUCAGUUAGAACAUUUUGUGUAAAUACACGGUGUGAUCGUGGCUCGUUUUUACGCGAAAGUGUCGGAUAUUUAACAAAUCCAUGCGAAUUCACCAAAGCCAUUUCCGUAUGAAUUUAAUACCGUAAUACCAAUUUCCUGUAUGGAUAAAACAGAACCUGAGAUUUAAUUUAACGACUAACGGAAACAUAUUUAAUUGAACGGAUAACAAGUUCCCGAAUCGUGUAAGCGACGUUUGUGCUACCUUUGUAAGAAUAUUAUUAUCGAUUCACAGGGUGCUUUACAAUGGAAAAUGUGAGAUACACAAAAUUUUAUUCUAUUUCUUCUGUUUCCAUUUUAUUUUAUUCAUAAUAGUAAUUUCAAUUUUCAUUCAACCAGCAAUUAAUAGAAAAUAAUUCAUUGCUGGUGAUGAACAAAAUUUUAGUCUAUUUCUUACAUCUCUAUUUUAUUUUAUUUAUAAUAGUAAUUUCAAUUUUCAUUCAACCAGCAAUUAAUAGAAAAUAAUUCAUUGCUGGUGAUGAACAAAAUUUUAGUCUAUUUCUUACAUCUCUAUUUUAUUUUAUUUACAAUAGUAAUUUCAAUUUUCAUUCAACCAGCAAUUAAUAGAAAAUAAUUCAUUGCUGGUGAUGAACAAAAUUUUAGUCUAUUUCUUACAUCUUUAUUUUAUUUUAUUUACAAUAGUAAUUUCAAUUUUCUGUCUAGAUAAAUAUUUUCGCUAUUGGCACCCUGUGUAUCGAAAGAUUACCAUUAUUUGCGCUAUGAAUGUGAUGUAUUGCUUUCUGAUUGCUACUAAUGUAGAAAUACCAGCGCCAAAUACAUUUCGUUACGCGUCGAAAGGUACACCUACUACUAUCUCCUUUUAUAAAUGAAUAAUGCAUUCUAUGGUGAAUUAUACAUCGUACACUUCGUGUUUAUCUCAACGUCUCCGAUUUUUGGGGACGCGUAAAAUCUGCUUAAAGGUUACGGAAAAUUUCGCGCGAUAGGAAGAACGCGUGGAUGCGUAACUUAAGUCGAUUUAAGAUGCCAAUACUCCUAAGAAGGUUAUAUCGAACCAGUUGUGUAAGUACAUGUGAUAUUAUCGUGCCUUUGUAUAGAUCUUUAUUUGUGAAUUUUACGUACUGCCUAUUUUAUCGUAUUUGUACCUACGCGCGUUCACUUGUGAAAAUGUGGCGAGUCCCAAACGGCUUGCAUAAUCGUUUAUGCAAUUCGCAUUUCGAUCGCUCGCUAAGAUGCUUCGACAUUUCAUCGGAUACCGAAUAAAAUUUCUCUAUUGAAUAA